UGUGGUGGUUCAUUCAUGUGGUGGUACAUAAUCAUUGUGUGGUGGUUUAGUGGUACAUCAUCGGCAUUGUGUGGUGGUCCAUCAUCAUUGUGUGGUUGAACUAAUACUUACUCUUUAAAAGAGAUUUACAAAAGUUAAGGGAGGAGCUUGCAAAAUGGAUGAGGGAGUAUUAAGAGAGGUGUUAUUGGAAGAACUCUCUAGAAUCAAUCGAAUUCUCUUAAUCCCUGAUUCUGACUCAUUAAACAGUGCUUCUGUUCGUUUGGAGUGUCUGUAUGGCCACAUUUUGCGCAUACACGAACAGAAUGUUUCUUCUAAUAUAGUAAAUGAAGAAGUUGUCGAUACUAUUCGUAAAUUAUUAAGUAUUGUUAAUAGUAUCUCUGAAGAUGAUGGUUUCACUUGUGAUAGCACUUGGCAACUACCAGAUGUUAUAGAUGGCCAUCGAGGACGACCUAAAUAUGAUCUUCCACGAGACCAACUACAAUAUUUAAUUGAAAAUGGCUUUACUACCAGCAGAAUUUGCUCAAUGCUCUGUAUAUCAUUAAGUACCCUUCGUCGAAGAAUGUCUGAAUAUGGAAUAAGGGUUAGGGAUACAUAUUCUGAUAUAUCUGAUACUGCACUGAAAGACUUAGUUAUGGAGGCACAUUUGUCUUUUCCAAAUGCUGGGUAUCGAUUUGUUCGUGGUUGGCUUCAUCAGAGAGGAUUAAGAAUUCAAGAGUCCCGUAUUCGCCAGUUAAUGAGAGAGGUUGAUCCUAUAGGUACCAAUAGAUUUUUUCGGUCUAUUCAUCGACGUGAAUACUCAGUAAGUGGACCCCAAGCACUAUGGCAUUUGGAUGGAAACCAUAAAUUGAUAAGAUGGCGUUUUGUCAUUCAUGGUGCAAUAGAUGGGUUUUCUCGUGUUGUAGUAUUUAUGAAUUGUUCUGCUAAUAACUAUGCACAGACUGUUCUGACUUUAUUUGUAAAAGCUGUAUCACAGUUUGGAUUGCCUGCCAGGAUUCGUUGUGACCAAGGGGUCGAGAAUUAUGAUGCAGCCAUGUUUAUGCUGACUCACCCACUUCGAGCUUCUUCUAUAAAUCCUGUAAUUGUUGGUAAAAGUGUACACAAUCAGAGGAUUGAACGCCUAUGGAGAGACUUAUUCCAAGGGUUAUUAAAUCCUCUCAAUGAGAAUGACUUAUUUUGCUUGCAUUAUGUUUACAUGAAUGUUAUUAAUCAUCAUUUGGAGGAAUGGGUGAAUGCUUGGAAUGAUCACAGGAUGACUUCAUGUCAUAACAUGAGUCCAAUGCAGAUGUGGAUACAUGGGUAUUUCAGACUGAGGGGAACUAGUUGUACAUUAGCUCAGGAAAUGUUCAAUGAACCUGUGGAACAUAAUUAUGGAAUUGAUUGGUUUGGCCCUCUUCCAACUGAAGUAGAAGAAAAUGAAACCAAUGCCAUUACAAUUCCUUUGAUCAGUUGUCCUCUUUCAGUAGCAAGCUAUCAAGACUUGUUACAAAGUUUUCCAAAUGAUCAUAGCAGUAUUAUGCAAGAUAAUUCCUACGGCAUUGACACUUACAUUAAUGUUCGCAAUUUUGUUUCAAGGGCAACAAUUUAA